CCUCUCACUGUUCUUCAUCACGCCCGAGCCCUUUUCUCUUCAGAUCUCGUCGGGUUCUCUUUCCAUUCUGCUCAACGAUCUUCGCAUUUUGUCUGCAGAUCCAAACAACUAUCCUCGCGUCUGGCUCAGAGGGUUUGGAAGGAAUUUUAGGACAAAGGGUUUCGUAAUUGCAGAGAUGGAGGUAGCACUGUUUCUUCUGUUAUUGGCUUGCUGCUCGAGGGUUGGAGCUGAUGAAAGCGACCAUAGGUACAAGGAGGGCGAUCAUGUUCCCCUCUACGUGAACAAGGUCGGGCCUUUUCAUAAUCCUAGUGAAACAUAUCGUUACUAUGACUUGCCAUUCUGUUUGCCAGAACAUGUUAUUGAGAAGAAGGAAGCACUUGGAGAAGUUCUAAAUGGUGAUCGUUUGGUUGAUGCGCCAUAUGAGUUAAAUUUUCUCAAGGAUAAGCAGUCUGUAUCUCUGUGCAAGAAAACUUUGUCUACAAAACAAGUUGCGAAGUUUAGACAUGCAGUUGCAAAGGACUACUACUUCGAAAUGUACUAUGAUGACCUACCUUUGUGGGGAUUUGUGGGUAAGAUUGAGAAGGAUAAGACUGAGUCAAGUGAUGACAAGUACUUGCUUUUUAGACACAUUCACUUUGAUAUUCAGUAUAACCAUGAUCGGGUCAUUGAAAUCAAUGUCCAAACUGACCCUGCUUUUUCGGUGGAUAUCUCUGAGGAUAAGGACUUAGACGUAGAGUUCUUAUAUUCUGUUCAUUGGAAUAAGACUGACAUAACCUAUGAGGAAAGGAUGGCAAAGUACUCAAAGACAUCCUCUAUGCCUCAGCAUUUAGAGAUUCACUGGUUCUCUAUUGUUAAUUCAUGUAUAACUGUCCUACUUCUAACUGGGUUCCUUGCUACAAUUCUCAUGCGGGUGCUCAAAAAUGAUUUUGUCAAGUAUUCUGUUGAUGAGGAGUCUCUUGAUGACAAAGAGGAGACUGGUUGGAAAUAUAUUCAUGGAGAUGUUUUCCGAUUUCCGAAGCACAAGUCUUUGUUUUCAGCUAUUGUUGGUUCUGGAACUCAGCUCUUUGCUCUUACAAUUUUCAUCUUCCUCCUUGCACUUGUCGGCGUGUUUUAUCCAUACAACCGAGGUGCUCUAUUCACAGCCCUUGUUGUUAUAUAUGCUUUGACUUCUGGUAUUGCUGGUUACACAGCUAGCUCCUUUUAUGUGCAGCUCGAAGGAACAAACUGGGUGAGGAAUUUGCUGCUGACCAGCUGCUUAUUCUGUGGACCAUUGUUCUUGACGUUCUGCUUUCUGAACACUGUCGCUAUCAUAUAUAACGCCACUGCAGCUUUGCCAUUUGGCACUAUCCUCGUGAUUCUUCUCAUAUGGACAUUGGUUACUUCUCCAUUGCUUGUAUUGGGUGGAAUUGCUGGUAAAAACAGCAAGAGUGAAUUCCAAGCUCCAUGUCGUACCACAAAGCACCCAAGAGAAAUUCCAGAAUUGGCAUGGUAUCGAGGAACCAUACCUCAGAUGGCAAUGGCAGGAUUCCUUCCCUUCAGUGCUAUAUAUGUGGAACUAUAUUACAUAUUUGCUAGUGUGUGGGGUCACAGGAUCUAUACAAUCUACAGUAUCCUAUUUAUCGUUUUCAUCAUCCUCAUCAUUGUCACAGCAUUCAUCACAAUCGCAUUGACAUACUUUCAACUUGCCGCAGAGGAUCAUCAGUGGUGGUGGAGGUCUGUUCUUUGCGGGGGCUCCACAGGCGUAUUCAUCUUCUUCUACUGCAUUUAUUACUAUCAUGCAAGAUCAGGCAUGUCGGGCUUCAUGCAAACCUCAUUCUUCUUCGGCUAUAUGACUUGUGUAUGCUAUGGGUUCUUCCUCAUGUUGGGGACUGUUGGUUUUCGUGCAUCUUUGCUCUUCGUGCGCCACAUAUAUCGAUCCAUUAAGUGCGAGUAAACCUCACAUUUGCCUCAAGGAUGGUUCGUGAAACAUUAUGAUAGUUGCCGCAGCAUGUCACAGAUUUUUGUCCUGGAGUCACAAGCUUGAUAUCUCAGACAGUAAGUUUCGAGCACAACCUUAAGCAUUUAAUAAAUGUCAAUAGUUGUGUAUUAAAGAUUGCUCCAAAUGUAGUUUGCUUCUAGUGAGGUUAAUAUAUUUGAAAAGUAUAUCUCGAGUAGGAACAUACUUAAGUUCUUGUCGUAUUUGCCCUAAUUCGGAAACGAGAAACUACACAACUUUUGUAUGAUCA